AUGGGUCUAGGAAUUCUCGAGGAUAGGGUCAUGGACCAUGUCCCAGGGACGACUCGCUAUUUCGACGACGCCGAGCGGCCACAAUUCGCCGCACAUGGCGCCCGCGGCCUCAAGACCGACAACAGCGGUCCAGUGCCCAUCAUCCUCGUGCCCCAGCCCUCCGACGACCCCAACGACCCCUUGAACUGGCCGCUGUGGCAGCGCGAUCUGAUCACUUUCAUUCUGUCCUUCUCCGCCAUCUUCGCCACUGCCCUCGGCCCUAUCCUCGCCGCCAACACUGUCACCGUGUCACUGUACAUGAGCCAUGAUUUCACCGAUGUCGCCGUCCUGACCGGCUAUUUCCUGCUCGGCACCGGCUUCGCGAGCGCAUUCUUCGUGCCCUCGAGCCGUGUCUGGGGUAAAAGGCACACAUUCAUCUUUGGUAUGAUUGUGCUGGUCGCCUCGAGCGCCUGGGGUGGCGUCGUCGGCCACCAGAAGAACUAUACCAGCUUCCUCUGGUCCAGGAUUAUUCAGGGCGUCGGCUGCGCUCCAUACGAAGCCCUGGUAAAUGCAGCAGUGGGCGACCUGUACUUCGUCCACCAGCGAGGCAGCCGAAUGGCGCUCACGAACCUGGCUGUGUUUGGCGGAGCGUUUUUCACGCCUAUUGUCGUGGGCAAGAUCACCCACGAGCUGAAGUGGUGGUGGACGUUCUACCUGGUUGCCAUCUUCUGCGCCCUGUGCCUACCCGCACUCGUAUUCUUCUGCCCUGAGACGGCAUACAAGCGGGAUACCAGCCUGAACACGGAUAUGCUCGCCGAGGAGGACCCUGCCGGCGUGGCGAACGGCGAGGACAAUCCGCAGUCAUCCCGGGGCAACAACAGCCAGGACUCCGAGAAGGCGGCCAUGAACGGGGACGAGCCCACGCCAGCAGCAAAUGGCGGAACGGCCGCCACGCCCACCAAGGUUAGCUACCUACGGUCCCUCGCGCUUUUCAACGGCCGCAAGACGGACGAGUCCCUCUGGAAGCUCGCUCUGCGUCCCUUCCCGCUGUUCUUCCAGCCGGCCUUCCUCUGGGCGUGCCUGAUCCAGGGCACCCUAAUCGGCUGGACCGUCUUCAUCGGCGUCAUCCUCGGCGCCUUCUUCCUGGGGUAUCCGCUGUGGUGGGACGAGGUCAAGACCGGCUAUGCCUACACGGCCGCGUUUAUCGGCGCGAUCGUGGGCUUUCUAAUCGCCGGCGGUCUCGCCGACUGGACGGCCAAGGUCAUGACCAGGCGGAACAAUGGUGUAUAUGAGCCCGAAUUCCGCAUCGUCCUGGUCAUUCCGCAGUUCAUAUUCGGGACAAUCGGCGUGUUUGGCUGGGGCGCAGCCUCUGAUGGACUCCUGGAUGCUAAGUACGGUUACGCCGUGCCGCUGACUUUCUUCGCGUUUGAGGUCUGCGGUAUGGUGAUUGGUGCCGUCGCGAGCAGUCUUUACAUCGUGGAUGCGUAUCGCGAUCUGGCCAUCGAAGGCCUAACCUGCAUGAUCAUUUUCAAGAAUAUGUUCAGCUUCGCCCUGACCUUCAAGGCCUAUGAGUGGCUCAUCACCAACGGCACCAAGGCGACGCCCCUCUUUAAUGCCCUCGGCGCGAUACAGGUCGUCAUUUGCGCGUCCAGUAUACCCAUGUACAUAUUUGGCAAGCGUAAUAGGAGCUUCUUCCAUCGUCAUGACAUUCUGAAAAUGCUUGGGCUUAGGUGA